UCAGAUCACCUAAGCAAAAGGAACGCUUUUCUUUGAUGCAUGAUGUAAUUUUUCUUUACAUGGCAUUUAUCAAGCAACCCCAUUUUCCUGACUACGUUGUUAAAUCUAAUUAGCUGGCCAACUGUCUUUAUCUGAUGUCUCGUUUCUUGUUCACAGAAACACUGCUUGCUAAGCGGAAAUAAAAUACAAAAGGGGUAUACAACCCAUAGCUGACCAGAAGGAUAAUUUGUCUGCGGCUUCUCCUCUACCCAGUUGUUAAAUUGUCGUUUUUCGUCUCAUUAUAGUCGCUGAACUCCCUCCCACCCAGCACAUUUGCGUGAAAAGACUAACGUAACCUGCCUAAAAUCGACCCUUCUUUAUUGCAAAGUGCGUAAUACCCGGAGCAGAAGCCCAUCACCGCUGCCUUGGUAACGGCACUAAACGUCACGGAGUCGAUCAGAGCCUCCAACAUGUGUACGCAGGCGGAGACUAGCGAAGGAGAAAGGGGGUCUGGGAGUGACUGAGGUGGCAAUUAAAAACAUUCAGAGCAAAGAUCAGCCCCUGCGAUUGUCAUGAACAACCAUGGGAAAAAAUGCAUCUUAUUCCGACUGUCGGGGGAUCCUGCAAUGAGCUAAGUACUGUCUUUUACACUUUGAGGUCUACGACACGAGAAAGGUCUCUGUAAAGGAUAUACGCCGUUUGCUUUGCUGUGUUUCAUUAAACGCUGAUCUAAAAUAUUCCAAAGUGAUGAAUCCUCUUCCAUUUCGUGGAUGCCCCCCAGUCGAGUCCGAUGGAUUUGUCCGCGAACAUUGCUUUGCUCGGCACCAGCAACACCUCAGCUGCCGAAAACACGUCGAGGACAAAUCCUGCGCUAGAAAUCUUCACCCUGACCCCCGCCCUGAGCUCCCUGGUCACCCAGCUCGACACUGGAAACCAGACGGGGGCCGGAGGCGACCAGGACCGACGCUAUUCCCCCGGAAAAGGCAUCGAGACAAACUCUCUCCUUCAUGGCAUCGCCGUGGCCGCCCAAGCCCUCGUCCUCCUUGUGAUUUUUCUGCUCUCAAGCUUAGGAAACGCAGCCGUCGUCAUUGUCAUCAUCAAGCACAGGCAGCUGAGGACUGUAACUAAUGCGUUCAUCAUGUCCCUUUCGCUGUCCGACUUCCUCACUGCUAUCCUCUGUUUACCAUUUUCCUUCAUCAUGCUCUUCAGCAGGGAUGGCAUGUGGAUAUUUGGGGACUGCUUCUGUAUAGCUAACGGCUUCUUCAACACCUGCUUCGGCAUCAUUUCCACCCUCACGAUGACCCUCAUUUCCUUCGACCGGUAUUACGCCAUAGUGAGGCAACCUCAAGAAAAAAUAGGGCGGAAGAAGGCCAUCCAGCUGCUGGUGGCCGUCUGGCUGACGGCGGUGUUUUUUGCCUUCCCGUGGUACUUGGUCGCACGGACAGCCGGGGACAUGGUGGUUCACAAGAGGGGGUUUUACCACUGCAUGUACGUCUUCCAUUCUGGCACCUCCAGAAUGGGCACAGCGUACAGCAUAGCUUUAAUCCUGGUCUGUUACCUCCUGCCCUUCGCCCUCAUGUGCUUCUGCCACUACAACAUCUGCAAGACCGUGAGGCUGUCGGAAAUCAGGGUGCGGCCGGUGACCACAUACGCGCACCUGCUGCGCUUUUACAGCGAGAUGCGGACAGCCACGACCGUCCUGAUCAUGAUUGUGUUCAUCAUCUUCUGCUGGGGGCCUUACUGUGUCAUGGGCAUCAUCACCGCCGUUGGGGACUACUCCUUCAAUCCAGUGAUGGAUACUGUAGCCAUAUGGAUGGCUUGGGCGAACGGAGCCAUCAACCCUCUGAUCUACGCGAUAAGGAACCCCAACAUAUCGAUGCUCCUGGGGCGCAACAGGGAGGAAGGGUACAGGACUAGAAAUAUCGCCGCCUACCUGUCCACGCAGGGCCAGGGCAGGGAAGCCCGGAGCCGCGCCGACAGGAUCAGGGACCGGUAUGUGAACAGGCACGGAGCUGGCAGCAGGUUGUCUUCCUCCAGCCCAGGAACCGGCGGCGAGCUGGCCGUGUGGGCGUGCAAAAACCCGGCGGUACUGUUCUGCCGGGACGGGCAUCCGGACACUGUGUCCGAACCUGCAGCGCCCAAAUCUGAAACUGCAGAUACGAGCCUUUGAAUAACCUUUGCCAUAAAUCCUGGCUGCAGCCAAUUUGGCAUUGCGGUCUGUGGGUGCAUUUCUAAACAAAUUAUUAUUAUUAUUAUUAUUAUUAUUAUUAUUAUUAUUGAGCCCUAGCGUGGUACCCAAUUCACUGGAAGGGCUUUAGUAAAUUGUAAAUAUUUGGAAACUGUGCCAAAAAAAAACGCAUUCCAAAAUAAUGUUCUUAAUUAACUGCGCAGCCAUUAACGCUGAAGGUGGUCAGCGGUUUAAACUUCAUUGCCUUUUAAAGUGCCAAUAUGCAGUAGCUUACACUGUGAAUAAUGAAAAGAGACCUGUCCGGAAAAGGGUUCUUUAUCGUUACUGUACUAUUGUAUUAAUCAUGUCACCCCCCAACUUUUCCAUUUACAUCGUUAAUCAUUUCAAUGACAUUCUCGCAGGUUUUUGGUUUUCAAAACCCUGUGUUAGGCAAACCGUUAUUAUUUCACAUUAUAAUUGAAAAUGAUCCGGGCUAUGCCACAUGUGGUGCAUCCCUUGUUACGCGCGAAGCACACAUUAUUAUGUGUGCAACAGUUUACGCCUGAACGAUCCUAACCUUGCCUCUGUGAAGAGCCCGUUACAGUAUUCCUUUACUGUUGUGAUGUACUGUAUAGAUAAGACAUUAUGUUGAAAUCAACCGAGAUCUUUAUUUCUGUUUUACCAAGAAGUUG